AUGCUGCUUCAGCGACAAUUUGGCAUUUCUCGCGCGACAACUCGUUCUGUCCUAAACACUUCUUUCCGCCUGCCCAUCGCACCUAGCUUCUCCUGCAAGAACUCCCCCCAGCAAAGCUUCCACCAGAGCGGCGCCAAAAUGUCCAACUUCGACAAAUUCAACGGCAACACGGUUGACAAGCCACCCAAGAAUGAAAUGGUCUACCUUCCCGGCGUGAUGUCUCCCAACCGGAAAUUUGGCGUGUUCCGCAAAGUCCUACAUACCGGGUUGUACUCCCAGUUCGUUGCCAUGGAAGUACCAGUGAAUGGAGAGAUUGGAGAUGAGAUUCACACCGUCGACCAAACGCUCAUCUUCACACACGGCAAGGGAAAGGCCAUCGUCGCUGGGAAGGAGCAGGAGCUCAAGGAGGGCGAUGUGGUCAUCGUCCCCGCAGGCACCCAGCAUCAAUUCCUCAAUAUCGGCGACGUUCCCUUGGAGGUGGUGACAAUCUAUGCGCCGGCCGAGCAUUACCCGAGCACCGUGCACAAAACCAAGGCAGAAGGGGAUGCACAGGAAGAAAGGGGCGAAGAUGAGGCCCCGGAAUGGAGUCAGCGAAGCAAGGCGGAAAAUGAAAAGAUGGGACUGGUGAAGGGAGAGUGA